AUGAGAACAUGCCCUUCAUGUGACUCUCGCUCUCCCUCCCUCCGAGACCUCUCUUUUUUCAUGACAAGCUGUCGUCGAUCUUCAAUUCUUCAUUCACCACUACUCCCCUGCUCUUCGACGCUGUGAGCUCAGAGCUGCGAGCUGCCUCUCAACUGCGUAGCUGCACAGCUGCUUUACUUGCUUCCUCCGAAGACCCAUCGAGUGCUUCUCCUCCAGACGUCGGCCUUUCCGCUGGAGACGUCGGCCUUUCCGCUGGAGACGUCGGCCUUUCCGCUGGUGUUGUUCUGCCCACCGCCGGCUUCUUUCUCCCUGUCCCUCCUUCUUGCAGGCAGGCGUCAUACAGGACGAUCGUUUCAUGUGAAGCAUCUGAACUUUUCAAGUUAUCCCCAGAAGUAUUUUGUUGGGUUCCUUUCUUAUAAAGGACAACAAAAAAAUAAUUUGGAAUGGAGCCUUCUCGGACUGUCCACGCUGCCACUGCGACGCAUGUUUAAAAGUGUCCCUUCUCGUCUUUAGUCUCUGGCGGAAAAUGAUUGGAAUCCGGUGGUCUCGUCUCGCACUGUUGCUGGUUUUCUUCGCCAUCUUCUCCGGCUCUUCUUCUUCCCUGAACACGGAUGGGCAGAUCCUUCUCGAGGUGAAGUCCACCUUGAAUGACACUGGUGGACGCUUGACGAGUUGGAAGGCUUCUGAUGAAACUCCUUGUACUUGGACAGGCAUUGCUUGCGAUUCUGCUAACGGCAGAGUUGAGUCCAUCGACCUCACUGGGUUCGCUGUAACCGGCGACUUCCCAAAUGGAUUUUGCCGGAUUUCGACCCUCAAGAACCUUUCUCUUGGCUUCAAUAACCUCAGAAACCGGCUGGUGUCCCGAGAUCUUGCGCUCUGUGCCGGAAGCCUUCGUCUUCUCAACCUCUCCAACAACUACUUCGUUGGGCCAUUACCGGAGCUCGGUUCGGAGUUCACCACGUUGAUGACGCUGGAUCUCACCAUGAACAACUUCUCCGGCGGAGUACCAGAUGGAUACGGCCGCCUUCCAGCAAUCAAAGAGAUGUACCUCGUCGGCAACCUGCUAUCCUCUGCGUUUCCUGCCAUUUUGACAAAUCUCACUACGUUGGUAGUUCUCAGCCUUGCUUACAAUCCUUUCAAGCCUAGUCCCCUCCCUCCGGAGAUUGGGAAUCUCAUAAAUCUGAGGAUCCUUUGGCUUUCAAACUGCAAUCUCAUUGGCAGCCUUCCUGAAUCAGUUGGAGGACUGGUGGAGUUGAGAGACUUCGACUUGUCGCAGAACGGACUCUCAGGGGUCAUUCCGUCGAACAUUUCUGGAAUGAGGAACGCCAAGCAGAUUGAGCUCUACGCCAACCAUCUCAGUGGCAGCUUACCAGAGUCUUUGGGAAACUUGAAGUUCCUCACCUAUUUCGAUGCUUCGCAGAACGAGAUCACUGGGUCGCUGCCGGAGACUCUUGCGGGGCUGUCAUUGAUCUCUCUUAACCUGAACGAGAACCAAAUGGAGGGUAUCAUCCCCCCGGUUUUAGAGAUGAACCCUUCUCUUACGGAGCUGAAACUCUUCAUGAACAAUUUUUCUGGCCAACUUCCAAGAAGGCUCGGUCGAAACUCCCCCCUCCAGUUACUUGAUGUCUCGAGUAAUAGAUUUGAGGGGAAUCUCCCACCUGACCUUUGCUCCAUGAAGAAGCUUCAGAUGCUCAUUGUGUUCAACAACCAGUUCUCUGGAGAGCUGCCAGAAAGCUUAGUUCUCUGCACCGGGAUGCAGAGGAUCCGUAUACAAAACAAUCGAUUCGUCGGAACGAUCCCUCCGGCUUUCUGGGGACUGUCAAGAGUUAACUUUCUAGAGCUAAGCAAUAACAAUUUUGAAGGAUCUAUCAGUCCCCAAAUUGCCGGUGCUCGCAGUCUGACGCAGUUCCUCAUUUCUGGCAAUAACUUCUCUGGCACCAUUCCCCCAGAGAUGUGCAGUUUGUCACUGCUAUAUGUUAUUGAUGCAAGCAGAAACCACAUAUCCGGUGCCCUUCCUUCCUGCUUAACUUAUCUGAAGGGUCUGCAAAAACUUAACCUCCAAGAAAACCAGAUCACCGGCGAGCUGAAUUUCUCCUCUUCCAUCUCCUCAUGGAAGGAACUCACGGAGCUAAACCUCUCGAAGAAUCGACUAUCUGGAAGCAUUCCAUCCCAGUUGGGCUACCUCCCUGUACUGACGUACCUCGACCUCUCGGACAACUUGUUCUCCGGAGAGAUCCCUUCAGAGCUCGCGAACUUGAAGCUGAACAAGCUGAACCUCUCGGAUAACGAGCUGGUCGGAAGAAUUCCCUCCGGCUUCGACACUCCAUUUUACAUCUCCAGCCUGCUUGGAAAUCCCGGCCUUUGUACCACCAAAGGGAAAAAUUUUCCGCUUUGCUCCCCUUUUGACUCUGGAGCCAUCAGGAGGCACGCCAAGACGGCUUGGAUCCUAACAGGGGUGCUGUCCAUCGUCGCUGUCAUCUUCUUCGUGACAUCCCUAUGGCUGUACAGGACAAGGUAUCAACAAGAGGGGGGGAUGGAUGAGAUUGAUAGGGCGAUGAUUGGGAGGGCUAUCCGAAAGACGCGGCCAUGGAAGCAGACAUCGUUCAGCCGGGUGGGGGUGGCAGAGGAGGAUGUUAUGGCAUGCUUGACGGAAGAGAACCUGGUGGGGAUGGGAGCGUCGGGGAAGGUGUACAGGGCAAGACUAAAGACAGGAGAGAGUGUGGCCGUAAAGCGGCUGUGGGACGCCGGAAAGCCGGAGACGGAGUUGGGUUUUAGGGCGGAGAUCGAUACGCUCGGAAGGAUCCGCCACACCAAUAUCGUGAAGCUACUCUGUUGCUGCGUGAGCAACGAGGUGCGGCUUCUAGUGUACGAGUUCAUGGAGAACGGCAGCCUCGGUGAGAUGCUGCACGACCGCCCCGACGAGAAGGUGAAAGGCAGGGCCGCCGGUGGACUUCCAAAGGAGCUGAGUUGGGAGAGGAGGGUAAGGAUCGCCAUUGGGGCGGCGCAGGGGCUCGCCUAUCUUCACCACGACUGCGUCCCGCCCAUCGUCCAUCGCGACGUCAAGUCCAACAACAUACUGCUCGACGGAGAAUUCAAUGCUCGGGUAGCUGACUUCGGCCUCGCCAGGAUCCUCCGGCGGCGGGAUGCCAAAGACGCCGACGGCGACGACGGACGGAUGUCAGAAGUCGCCGGAUCAUAUGGCUAUAUUGCUCCAGAGUACGCGUACACUCUGAAAGUGAACGAGAAGAGCGACAUCUACAGCUUCGGGGUGGUGCUGCUGGAGCUGGUGACGGGGAAGCGGCCCAUAGACCCUUCCUUCGGCGACACGAAGGACCUCGUAAAGUGGGUGAACCAGGAAUGCUUUUCCGGCGGCAACGCGGCGGCGCAGGUGGAUCACAUUCUGGACUCGAGGAUACCGCAGCGGUUUCAUGGAGAGAUGGAGAGGAUGCUGGACGUGGCUCUGCUCUGCACGUCGGCGCUGCCCAUCAACCGGCCCUCCAUGAGGAAGGUGGUGGAGCUCCUCCGGGACGUCCGCAAGCCCCGGAUUGGAUCCAGACGCAACUGAAGUUGACCGGAUUCCUUCUCAGUUUGUAUCCUUGGCCUUCAAGCUCCUAAAGCGUCCCUCUCCCUCCCUUCGCAUCUUACCAGUUCUCCCUUCGGAGCAUUGCAGAAGCAUCCAAAUUCCAAAGUUACCGGCAUUUUUAGUGCUUACGCUCUUUUCCGGCGUCUUGAUGUAUCUAAGGUUCGUUGUCAAUCGGUCGAGGAGACAAAGUGGGGCUCCUUUAUCGGGUUCAUUUUUGGAGAGCUUAUUAUUAACUCUGUACUCGGGUUGGGAAGCGGGAGACGCGUUUCCGUCAAGGAUUGGUUGUUUCCAUUCUAUCAAACACUACUCGGCUUAAGUGCUCUUAACAUUUCUCCCAAA